CUGACUAGCCUUGAAAACUAGAUCCAACUAAGUUGGUAAGUUGCAACUUAAGCAGACAGAGGGUGAAAGCUUUUAUAAUUCGUUGGACAAUUUCAGCGAAUCUGAAAUUCAGUUGGCAAGGUCAUUUACAGAUGAAUUGCUGCCAUGGGUAUCGGCAAUAUACUCAUGCUCUGUCAGGUGACGGCGUAUGUCAUGUGCAGUAUUUUCGCAUUCUUUGUCUUUGCACCGAUGGCUGUCAACAAGAAUGGAGAGUUUGCCGGGAACUGCUUGCUUUUUGCACAGGGCAACAUCUCAGGUACUAAGGAAAUUGUUAUCGAGUCAUGGGGACCAGCUGCAGGUUGUAACUUUGCCAUCACCAUUGGUGUGUUUGCCUUAUUGGUGUCCAUUACACAAAUUGUCAGGUUGGCCUUCCAUGUCUACUAUGAGACAGAUAGCUCAUUCAUCGGUGUGUUUGGAACAUUUGUGGUCAAUGUCAUCAUGACCAUCAUGCUCUUUGCCUCUGCAAUCAACGUCACACAAGGUUACAGCGUUUGGUGCCAACUCAUCGACAGAGUGGCUGAGUGCUCUGUGGCCGGAUUCAUCACCAACCUUUGGGGGAAUCUGAAGGGCAUCAAGCCAGAUAACUAUGCUGUUGAGCUGGGUAUGGUGCAGUUUGGGCUCUGGACGGAACUGCUGCUGUGGACAGUCAUCUCCAUCCUGUCCGUCGUCAAGCUGGCCAAAUACCACCAGCGGGAGCACAUCUUCCGCAGCCUGAACCGGGAACGUGAGAGACUCCUUGGAAGUUACAACCAGCCAGACUUCUGAGAAGGUUUGCGGAACGACACGUAUGUGGACUUGACACAGCUUUUUAAAAAGAAGAAAGUUUUGCAAACGUGGUGGCAAUGACUUUGUGAGUCAUCCCAUACUUACACAGUCAUUCUCAUGCUGUCACUCGCCGUAGAUUUAAAAAGUGGCUGUCAUUGUUUGUCAUGUCAUUGUCAUUGUCUGAUGUGAACAUUUAUUAGGGUCAUUUACAUUUUAUCACUGUGCAAAAGCAAAAUGGUAAAAGGUAUGUAACAGAAGAAGACGUAAGCAUAUUUGUCCCUUUUAUUUAUGACUGGUUGAGCAAACACAGUUGGUUUUUCAUGUACAUGAAACGUCUUUGGGUUAGUACACUGUGUUUUGACUUAACAUGUACAUAGGCAUUAGUUUUUGUGCAUGCUGUUUGUUUUAUGCGGGCCCAAGCGGUGUGCCUUGUGGGGGCUUCAAUACUCACUGCUAGGCAACACAUCACCAGUAAUUUUGGUGCAGAAUGUUUGUAUGCGUUUUGAUGGUUCGGGUAAAAUGUCGUUUCAGUUGGCCACUUCUGGUUUGGUUGCUCUGUAUGUCUUAACCAGUGUUGUAGUCGAGACCAUCCCAAG